AGCUACGUAAACAUGAACCUCAUGGCCAUGUGAAAGUGCAAGAAGGGUCACAACGAGCUAAAAGCACGGCCAGACUACUUUCAAAGACAAAGUAAUGGCAGUAUGUCAUUACGACGAGGACGAGCUAGUACAUGUAGCAGGGGUCGAAGCGUCGCACUCUCCGUCGCGGCAGCCCCAAUCUGUUCUUUUCGACCGCACCGCAGAGAUAGUGAGAGUGAAUCCUGGAGGGGCGGUGAGAGUCUCGGAGUCGAAUGGAAACGCUCUCCCAGAGAUAGAAACAGAUGGCUCCGAUGAGCAGGAGCUGUUACUACCGCAACCCACGGGCUCCAUAUCUGCCACAGGUUAUAAAGUGAAGCGGACGAGACAAAAUCGAUUCUGCACACUUUCGGAUAAAGAAAACGUUUCGUCUUCAGGUCAUGGUGGCUGGGAGCUGAACUCUUUUCCGGAGGACCCAGAGUUUGCUGAGGUGGUACGGAGGGCUGAACAGGCCAUUGAGAAUGGCGUCUUUCCUGAGAGAAUUUCCCAGGGUUCUAGCGGUAGCUACUUUGUGAAGGAUCUUAAUGGGAAAACAAUCGCUGUGUUUAAACCAAAGUCUGAGGAGCCAUAUGGGCACCUGAACCCCAAAUGGACGAAAUAUUUCCACAAGGUGUGCUGCCCCUGCUGUUUUGGGAGAGGCUGCCUCGUUCCCAACCAGGGCUACCUCUCAGAGGCUGCUGCCUCACUUGUUGAUCAAAAACUGGGGUUAGGGAUUGUACCUAAAACCAAGGUGGUGUUUUUGGUCAGUGAAACAUUUCACUACAGUGCAAUUGACCGUGCAAAAUCAAGAGGAAAAAAAUAUGCCUUAGAAAAAGUUCCCAAAGUUGGCCGAAGGUUUCACCGAGUCGGCUUGCCCCCUAAGGUGGGCUCUUUCCAGCUUUUUGUAGAAGGCUGCCAUGAAGCUGAUUUCUGGCUGAGGAGAUAUGAGGCUGAGCCCCUUCCAGAAAACAUGAGGAAGCAGCUGCAGUCCCAGUUUGAGAGACUAGUGGUCCUAGACUACAUCAUUAGGAACACAGACAGGGGAAAUGACAAUUGGCUGAUCAAGAAUGAGAUAUCUGGUAGCAGCAAAGUCUCUGAGAAGGACACUGAAUGGGGUGUGGAGAAAGACUCAGCUAUCAAAAUAGCAGCGAUAGACAAUGGACUGGCUUUUCCUUUCAAACACCCAGACGAAUGGAGAGCAUAUCCAUUUCACUGGGCAUGGUUACCCCAGGCCAAGGUGCCUUUCUCCCAGGAGACCAGGGAUCUGGUGCUCUCCCAAAUUUCAGACAUGAACUUUGUGCAGGACCUGUGUGAGGAUCUGUACGAGAUGUUCAAGGCUGAUAAGGGGUUUGACAAAGGCACAUUUGAAAAACAGAUGUCUGUGAUGAGAGGACAAAUUCUGAAUCUCACCCAGGCCCUGAAGGACGGGAAGAGCCCCAUCCAGCUGGUGCAAAUGCCCCGCGUGGUGGUGGAGCACAGCAGCCGGAGCGGUCAGGGCCGGGUGCUGCGGCUGGGCAGCGCCUUCACCCAGAGCUUCCACUGCAAGAGGCCCUUCUUCUCCUCCUGGUAAAGGGGCUGGGCGCCAGGAAAGAGACUGGCAUCUCUGGCCUUGUAACAGAGUCUUCCAGAGUAGCCAGCAGCAAGACUGCCCAAGACACACUUUAGGAUGUUGUGGGGACCCACUGUGAUAAGCGGACUGUGCUAGUGUGCAAGCGCCAAAAUCUUUGAUUUCGAUUCCAGAAAUAUAUAAGCUUACAUAUUGCCAAAUAUGUUGCUUGAAUGUAACUGUUGUUUUUUUGUCACUGUGAAGGAAUAUUUUUAUACAUAGAAUGUAUUUUCUGACUGCCUUGUAUUUAAAUGCUGGCUGCAAUAUACUCUUUGCCACAGUGGGGCACUCUGUCCUCUUCCAGUUCUUACUGAAACAGGACUGGUCAAUCCAUAUUAAUCUUUG